CGUGCACUUGCUCGUCAUCUGAGAGCUCUCCGCCGGUUUAGUGUCUCUCUGGAGUGAGCAGUGAACUCUCAACCAAACAAACUGACAACCAAAUAGCAUUGUAUAUUUAUUAACUUUUUUUUUUAUCAUGACCCGAAAGCUGUUGCUUUCCUGAUAUAAUUAAUAAAUUGGUAGCUAGCUGGCUAGCAGAGCGUCACAGAGAUAAUGAUUCCCCUAAAACGCAGGAAAGUAACUACAGAGCAAAAUGCCAGUCAUGCUAACAGCGCUGAGUGUAAAUUCCCUGAUGUUGCUAUCUUUAUCGUGGAAAGGAAGAUGGGUGCGUCCAGAAAAUCCUUCCUGACGCGUCUUGCUCGGAGUAAAGGAUUUCUGAUAGAAGAGUCUUACAGCUCUUCCACUACACAUGUGGUGUCUGAAAACAACACAGGAGAUGAGGUUGAGGUUUGGAUUAAGAAACAGGAAACAGAAGGAAAAGUCUCAUCCAGCUCUGUCAGUCUUCUGGACAUCAGCUGGUUGACUGAGAGCAUGGCGAGAGGAAGUCCUGUCCCCAUUCAGGACAGACACAGGUUAAAGACCAGCCCGAAGCCCUCUGAGCUUACUCCUGUAAUUAUAAUGAAGAGCUACGCCUGUCAGAGGAGAACUCCACUGAAGCACCACAACUUAUUCCUUACAGAAGCUCUGGAGGUCUUGGCUGAAAAUGCAGAAUUCAGUGAGAAUGAAGGCAGAAGCGUUGCCUUUCGAAGGUCAUCGUCUGUCUUGAAGGCACUUCCAUAUAUUGUGCGUACAAUGCAAGACUUGAAGGGCUUGCCCUGCUUGGGUGAUCAUUCCCUGAGAGUUAUAAAGGAGAUUUUAGAAGACGGCACCUCGAGUGAAGUGGAGUCAACAAGACAGUCUGAGCAGUUUCAAGCCAUGAAGGCACUGACUGGUGUUUUUGGUGUAGGAGUAAGGACUGCAGAUCGGUGGUUUAGGGAAGGUAUACGUAGCCCAUUAGACCUUAUAGACACAGGACAAAAGCUGAACCACGCACAGCAAGCAGCUGUCUCUUUCCGAUUGUUAGGAGUGCAGUAUUAUAAUGAUCUGAACACACCUGUCACUAAAAAGGAGGCUAUGGUCAUAAGUGACAUUGUCGAGAAGGCGGUAAAAGCUGUGCUGCCUGGGGCAAUUAUUACACUGACAGGAGGAUUCAGAAGGGGUAAGGAGGUAGGCCAUGAUGUGGACUUUCUCAUAACACACACAGAAGAGGGGGCAGAGGAAAAAUUGAUGCCCAAAAUUGUGAACUAUUUGGAGAAUCAGGGUUUGCUUUUGUACCAGAAAACAACUAGGAAUUCUUACCUAGAGAGUAAAGAUGGACCCGCACGUCCUCCUAGUAACAUGGACCGAUUUGAGAGAUGCUUCUCUAUAUUCAGGCUUGAGCAAUUCAAAGUGGACUGUGAUACCUCUGUUAAAGCUUCUUUGGACAGCUCUGGUACGACAGAUAAAAAUGAAGAAAGUUACUCUGGUUCCUCGUGGAGAGCUGUUCGAGUCGAUCUUGUAGUCAGUCCUUACAGUCAGUUUGCAUUCGCUACACUAGGCUGGACGGGGUCCAAGCUCUUUGAGAGGGAGCUGAGGCGCUGGGCAGGACAGGAAAAAGGGAUGUCCUUGAGUAGUCAUGCACUCUACGACAGCAAAAAACAGUGUUACUUUCGAGCAGACUCAGAAGAGGAAAUUUUCUCCCAUUUGGGCCUGGAGUACAUUCCACCUUCAGAGAGGAACGCGUGAUGCACUUCAGGUUUACACUCUACCUCAGCUGAUGGUUCAUUCUGCCGGCCUUGCACCAUCACCAUAUUAAAUUACUUAUUUUAAACUAUGCAGAAAGAUUUGAGGAAUAAUGAUGAUUAUUAAUUAUUCUUGUUGUUAAUCAAUUUUAUACGAUUAAAUAAGAAUUAGAUUAUUUUAUAAGAAAGAAUCUAAUUAUAAUUCUUUAUAAAUAUAAAUUAUAAUGUAUAAUUGUUACAUAUGCUUUAAAGAGUAUCAUUGUCUUUACUACUGUUAAUACUAAAACUGAUUUUAUCUAUCAAAUGGAAAGACAGACGUUGAUGUAUU